GUGAGGUCCUCGCUCGGCAGUAGCAGUGUUGGAGCCCCGUCCUGGAUCAGAGGGAGAUGGGCUGAGGCACAGACAGACUGAACAACAACCGAGAUCCACGGCCGCUCAACGCAGCACUUACAGGAGGGAAGACUCGGGAAUUCCUCCCAGUCCCGCUUUUUCUUACUCCUUGUCCGCUCAUCUCUCUCCACUCCCGGCCUAAGCGGGCCAGGGAAUGUCCCGGUGGCGAGAUGCCUUACGUGGACCGACAGAACCGCAUUUGUGGCUUUCUGGACAUUGAGGAAAAUGAGAACAGUGGCAAGUUCCUGCGCCGUUACUUCAUACUGGACACACAGCAGGGAAGCUUGGUGUGGUUCAUGGACAACCCACAGAACUUGCCUGUUGGUACAGACUGUGUUGGUUCCCUCAAGCUCACGUACAUCUCUAAGGUCAGCGAUGCCACUAAGCUGAGGCCUAAAGCAGAAUUCUGCUUUGUCAUCAAUGCUGGGAUGAGGAAGUUCUUCCUGCAGGCCAAUGAUCAGCAGGACCUUGUAGACUGGGUCAACGCUCUCAAUAAAGCCACCAAGAUCACUGUGCCAAAGUUGUCUGAUGGCCAGCAGAAUUCAGAGAACCAAAAGGUUUUGCCAGAUGUUGCAGGGCCCAAAAAACAAGUCUCCUACAAGACGGAGAUAAUUGGAGGAGUACCCAUCGUCACCCAAACACAGCACGAAGGAAGUGAUGGUGCGGACAGAGCUGAGCGUGAGGCCAUGCAGCGUUCCCACAGCCAGCUGCCUUACUUCCUGGGCAGGCCCACUCAGGACCACAAUGUCAUCAAGUCAGGUUACUGUGUCAAGCAAGGAGCUGUGAUGAGGAACUGGAAGCGGCGAUAUUUCCUUCUGGAAGAGAAUUCAAUGAGUUACUUCAAGUCAGAUUUGGAUAAAGAGCCUCUCAGAAUGAUCCCACUAAAAGAAGUUCACAAAGUCCAGGAGUGCAAGCAGAGUGACAUCAUGAUGAGAGAUAAUCUAUUUGAAGUUGUCACCACAUCGAGGACAUUUUACAUACAGGCAGACAGUCCAGAGGAGAUGCACAGCUGGAUCAAGGCUGUGUCAGGGGCCAUUGUGGCCCAGCGGGGCCCUGGGAGGUCAGCUGCCACAGAACACGGCAGCCGUUCCACUUUCUACCGCACCCCCACGGGUCCCCCCGUCCCUCGCUCGCCCAUAUCUGCAGUGCCACCAUGCAACCCAGAGUGGGGGAGUGCUGUCACGUGCGGCGCACGCUCACAGCUUGGCGUGGGACAGCGAGCAUUUCAUGAGCCUGCUGCCACGCCCCAGUCACAGCCACACACCAGCACGCCUGUCCCUGCAGGAAACACGCCUGGCAAAGUGACCUGCGAAGCUUCCGUGACCACUGUUGCUACCUCUGAGGAGUCACCGUGGCGUCGGCGGAGCAACUUUGAGCCCCAAAUGCCUGAAACACCCCUGGACCUAGAGGAUGCCGAUCUGCCAGUGAGCGAGGUCUGACCCGUUUAACUGGAUAUUAAAAGUCAACUGGAUGUUGACUGAGAGCCACAGAUAAAGAAGAAACCCUGUGAGCAACAUUUGAUUUUUCCAAUCAAAGAUCUGUCACAAACUUUUUGGAACUCCAUCAGUGUGCAAGAGAAACAAGCUGGCUCAUCCCUGAACUGUACUCUUGUGCCAAAGAAAACCCAGACUCCCCCAGCCCCACCCCCACCUGCCUGCUGUCAUAGUUAAAAUGAUGUUAUUUACUAAGAAUUGACUUACACCUUUUACUUAACUUGUGUCGAUUAGCACUCAAUAACAGCUUUAUUUUAACCUGUAAAGGCAUAAAGAGGUGUUAAAAGCAUUUAGUUGCAGAGGAAUUUUGCAAACCACUUUGUGCCAAGAAGAUAAGAGAGCUUUUAAGGGUGCUAGCUAAUUCCUCACGUCUAAAAUAGUGUUCAAACCGAGGAGUGGCAUUUUGUCACCUCUCAGACGUACGUACUAAACUGUGUGAUCCAUUCAUACUCAUUAUUCUAACACUGGAUUUGUCUGCUGUGGCCAGUGUUAAUGUUUUGGAGCAGGCCAAGUUGUAGAUCAAAUCCUCGCUUUAAUGCAAAUUAUAAGUCAACAAUUCUGGACUGGGCUAGACUGAAAGAAAAAAUUAAAAUGGAAAUAGUUAUGUACAAUCCAAUGUGUAUAAUUAUGCAAGGCAAAAUGUGUUUUGUCUGCUUUUUAACAGUGGCCAAGCCACGGACUUGAAUCUCUUUGUUUCUAAAUAUACGGGAGGGUUAAGGUCUGUUCUGUUUGCAGCUUUGUCCUCAACAAGUUUUUUGGUUGACUGAGUCAUCAUUUGUUACUGACAGGAUAAACUACACUUGCGUGUAAAUCUACAAUAAAUAGUUUUAGCCGUUAAUCCACAUCUGGUAGUAAAGUCAAAAGUGCUGUGCAGACGUAUAAGAGAAAAAUAACCUGAAAGCUUUAACAGCAUGUGCACCAUGUCACGACCCAGCUCACUCUUUACACUUGACUGGACUUUGUGGACUUUUGAUGAUGGCUUAAAAAGGAGCAACAGCAUUUUAAGUGAACAAGAAGACAGCCGGGACUAUGCUUCUAUGCAUUUUGUAAUUAAUGUUGAUUUUAAAAACAAAAAACAACAAAAAAACCCAACGAUAUGUCCGAGUGUGCUACAUGAAUUGCCUAAACCUGUGUUUGAUAGUUUGAAGAUCAUACUGAAUGGAUCCCAUGAAUACAUUUUAGAUCAUGGUUUAACGAAAAACUACUCAAGCUCAGACACUCGUUGCAUGCUAAGAUUUUAAUAAUUCCUAAGAUUGUCUUUUUUUUUUUAACUACAGAUGUUUUGGUUGUUGUGUAUUUGCAGUCUAGAAACAGAUUUAUUUUUUAUAUGCUUUUAGGCAUGUCCUAGUCCUGUUCACUUCUGUGUUGACAGCCUAGUAGCAGGCAGCUGCCUUACGGUGUUAUUUAAAAAUGUCCCACUGUAAUCCUUCAAAAUAAUACACACUAAAUUUUUUUUUUUUUUUUUUUUUAAAGUGCCUGCCGUAUUAGAACCCAGCAAAGCCAAGCUAUUUCACCCUCUUUUCAGUCUAGUGUAAUUGG